AGAACACCGACACAAUAAACCGUAAACUCUUUGAGCUCAUCUUUUUUUCUAUUUUCAUGAAGUUUUAGUUAAUGUCACAUUCAGGGUGUUCCAAUCACAUGUCAGUCUUUUUAGUGAUGUCGCUUUUGAUUUUAGUGGCACUUGGUGGAAUGACGGUUUUGUCUGGAGCGAUCCCGGUUGAAGUUAAAGUCUCCGGAGAAGACGUCUCGUUGACCUGCAGAAUACAAGCUAACAAGGACCUCCUGCUUUCCAUCUCGUAUGUCAGCUGGUACCGGCAGGAGCCAGACGGAGGCACCAACUACCUGACAGCUUUUAGCACGUAUUAUCUCCAUUACAACAGAUACUCUGGUGCAUUAAAUUUACAAGAGGGGAUAAUCAGUUUAAACAUUUCCGACGUUCGGAGAGCGGAUUCCGGCAUGUACUUCUGCAUCGCGAGAGCAGCACUUAAUUUUUUUCCUGGCACAAGUUCGAAAUUAAUUGUGACAGAUCCUGCAGUAAAGCCAAGAGUCCAGAUAAUGUCUCCACAUUGGGAAGACAAAGCUCCAGAUGAGGAAGAUCACUUACUUCUCAUUUGUCUGGUGACCGAUGCCUUACCUUUAAAAGCCAAAUUAAUGUGGACAGUCUCUGGUCAAGAGCUUCAUAUUAGUACACUGGAUGGUCAUGAAGGGAUAAUAGCAGCAAAUGGUGGUUAUACAUUUGUCAGUCACUGCAAGAUUGACGCUAUUCAGUAUACAAAAGACAUUAGAUGUUCCUUACUUGAUAGCACUGGUGCUUUAAUUGCAGAAACAGUGUACAGACAUAACCAAAAUCCAGAGUGUCUCCAGCAGAUGGUGCUUUAUGGAUUACCAGGGGUUUUCCUUCUUUCACUGUUAAUUGUAGUAGUCACAUGUAUUUACAGGAGGAGGAAGAAAAGAGCCCGUGGGACUACUACUACAGUCUGUUACAAGCAGGAAAGCGCAAGACCAAGGAAGUGUCUGGAGAAUUCGACUGAAUAUGCAUCUCUACAUAUAUGAAAACUACAAGACAUGCAUUCUGGGUUUAUGUGAUUGCUAUUUUAAGAGGAUAAUUCUGAAACAGAAUGAGGAACUCGCAUCAACAUUCAAGGCUCAAAGUGAUGAACCCCUUACAUUAUCUUUGGAGGAGCGGGCCAGCGUCAUUAAACACACUGAACAAAGACCCUCUUCAUAAUAACACAAAGCAGUCAGUCAGUCAGUAUGGUAUUUAUGGCAGAAGUUGUAAAAACCUGUCAGCUUUGCACAUCUGGACACUGCCAUUUCUCCCCCCCCCCUUCUUCUUUGCAAAACUGUUCAAGCUCUAUCAGGUUGCAUGGGGAUUGGGAGUGAACAGCAUUUUCCAAGUCCAGCCACAAAUUCUCAAUCGGAUUGAGAGCCGAACUCUGACUCAGCCACUGCAGGAAAUUAACAUUGUUGUUUUUAAGCCAUUCUUGUGUAGAUUUGUCUUUAUGCCUGAGUCCUAGGUUUUCCUUCAGGAUUUUCCUGAAUUUUGCUGCAUUCAUUUUACCCUCACAAGCCUCCCAGGGCCUGCAACAGAGAAGUAUCUCCACAGCAUGAUGCUGUGACCACCAUGCUUCACUGUGUAGAUAGUGUGCAUUUACUGUAAUAAUGUGUGUUUUGGCUUAUGACAAACAUGGUGUUUAGUAUGAUGGCCAAAAAGCUCAAUUUUGGUCUCAUUAGACCAUGGAACCCUCUUCCAGCUAACUUCAGAGUCUCCCAUUUGCCUUCUGACACACUCUAGCCAAGAUGUUGUGCAUUUUUCCUCUCUUUGCCACUCUCCCAUUUAACUGUGACUGGCAGCAAAUAGCAUGCACAGCCUGUCCAGUUUUACUACUAUAGCAUGUAAGUCAUUCACAAUUUUCAUAGGGCUGUUGGUGGCCUCCUACACUCAUUUUCUUCUUGCAAGAUCACUCAGCUUUUGAGGAUAGCUUUCUCUCAUUUACAGCUAUGCCACACAUACUCUUUAUAUUUCUCAAUGACUGCAUUAACUGGACUCCAUGGCAUACUCAGUACCUUGGGAAUUUUCUUGUCUCCUUCCCCUGAAUUGCACUUUUCAGGUACCGUUUCAUGGAGUUGCUUGAAGUCUUCUUUUGUCCUCAUUGUGUAGGUUAGGCCUUGAUACAGACUCAUCACAAGUUGGACCUUCCACAUACAGAAGUUCACUUUUACUAAAACCAACUCAAACCCCUUCAGCACAGACAGGUGCUCUCCAUUGGUUUUACAAGUCGCAGAAGUAGUUCAAUCAGCUGCACCGGUGAUGUCUUGGGUGUGUCACAUUAAAAGGGGUGAAUCCUAAGGUGACCAAUUAUUUUGUGCUUUGUAUUUGUAAUUAAUUUAGACCACUUUACAAAGAUCUGUCUUCACAUGGACAUUAAAGAGUCUUUUUCUGUUGAUCAGUGCCAAAAAAACCAAAUUAAAUUCACUGUGAUUCAAGAUUGGAGAACAAUAAAAUGUGAAAAUGUCUAAAGAGUGAAUAUUUUUAAUAGCACCGAAUAAAAGUGUGCAUUGGUCAAUUCUAUGUUGGUUUUUGAAGGUAAUUCUUCUUGUGCAUCAUAAUGUAAUGUGAUGAUUGUCAAUGAUAUUUAAUUGAACAAGUUCAAAUGUUUAAAAAAUGUGUAGAUUUUCAGAUACCUGAAAGCUGUUGAAAAGAAUGAAAACAUAGACUGUCAAUAA